GGUUCCUGCCCGCCGACGAGGAGGAGGGGGAGGAGAGCUGGGCGCGCAACAACAAGCCAGCUAGCUAUAUUCGGAGGGCGCCAUGAAGAAAGUGUUCGACCAGACGGUCCGGGACCUGAAAAGAGGGGUGAACAAGAAGGUCCUGAAGGUGCCCGGCACGGAACAAAAGAUUCUGGACGCCACAAGCAACGAGCCGUGGGGCCCGCAUGGAUCCCUCCUGGCGGAGAUCGCCCAGGCCACAAAUAACUAUCACGAGUAUCAGAUGAUCAUGAACAUUGUGUGGAAGAGGGUCAGUGACACUGGCAAGAACUGGCGGCAUGUUUACAAGGGAUUGAUUGUGCUCGAUUACCUGGUUGCGCAUGGCACUGAGCGAGUUAUUGAUGACAUACGGGAGCAUGCUUACCAGAUAUCGGCACUGGCUGACUUCCAGUAUAUCGAUUCUAGUGGGAGAGAUCAGGGUAGCAAUGUACGACGGAAAUCCCAGAGCCUCGUUAGCUUAGUUAAUGAUAAGGAAAGAGUACAGGAAGUUAGGCAGAAGGCACUUGCUACCAGAGACAAGUAUCGGAGUUCAUUUGCCACGAGUGGAGCACACAGGAGUCCAGGCGGGUAUGACAAUGACCGCUAUGAAGGUGGUAGAUAUGAUAACAGGAAUGGCUAUGGGAGGGAAAGAGAUGGAUAUAGAGAUGACGACAGAUACAGUGGUGCUGGAGAUACGCCCAACCGGGAAGGAGACCGCUAUUCCAGGGAUUCUAAUGAUCGCAACAGAGAGGAUGAAUACAGAGGAAGUAAUAGCAACCCUGAAUAUGCGGAAGGAUCAGGUCGCAGGAGCUAUGGCGAGGAAGAGGCUUAUUCAUCCCGGGGCCGUGGCAGCAACGCUGACGCGCCUACUCAGGAUGAGAGGCCUAUAGAGCGGAAGCCUUCUAACCAGCAGAUUGCUUCACCACCACCGACCUAUGAAAAUGUCACAAGAGAUGCCCAGGACAAUCAUCAUGAAGAAAGAAAUGGAGUGAGUGUGCCAGCUGCUGCACCAAAGUUACCUUCUCCAUCUAUUCCCAGAGCAAGCUCUCCCCCAGGGCAAGUUAAUGGUGUUCAUGAUAAGCCUGUCGAAGUUGUAGCUGCACAAUCACCUGCUCAUGCUGAACCUAAUGGUUUUGAUGAGUUUGAUCCACGUGGAUCAGUGCCAGAUGCUUCACCUCCAGUGAACCCCUCACCAGCAGUGAAUAGCUUCGAGAUGGAUUUAUUUGGGUCAGAUCCUAUUGGUGAGCUGGCUUUGGUUUCUGUGCCUCAGGCAACUGCCACCCCAAAUGUUGAGCCACCAGCAAAUUCAGGAUUCGAGACAAAUAGUUUCAUGGGCAUGCCACCAGCUUCUACUGGAUUCAGUGAGGAAAUUGAUGCUUCAAAUCCUUUUGGUGAUCCAACUCCUUUCAAGGCAGUUCAUGAGGAAAAUCAUGGAGUUCCUCAGACAAAUGCGGCACCUGCUGGUUCAUUCCAGUCCACUGGACCUGGUGCAGAUGCAAAUCCUUUCCAGCUUGCUUCAGCCGCUAGCUUUGGUUUUGAAGAUACUCUUGGCGAUCUCAGUUUUCCAUCCAACGCCGCACCUGGACAACAGGAUAUUUUUGGAAGCACAUCCUCCGUACCUUCCGGCGUUUCUCAUGCAAACCCUUCUGUAUUUCAAGCAGCAGCGCCCAAUACUCAUGCUGCUCCCACGUUUGCUCAUCCACCAGCACAUCCUGCAGCCACCAACCCAUCUUCAUUUCCGCAACCUGCUGCGACAUCAUUUGCUCCUGCACAGGCACCUCAACCUGCAGCUCCCAAUCAACAAUCAGACCCGUCAAACUUUUUUAUGCCACCGGCUUCAGGCACUGGCCUGUCUGGGGUUCCUUCACAGAAUGGAGCACCAUCCUAUAUGCCUCAGCAGCCUUCUCAUCUUGCAGCUUCACAGAAUGGAGCACCAUCCUAUAUGCCUCAGCAGCCUUCUCAUCUUGCAGCUUCACAGAAUGGAGCACCAUCCUAUAUGCCUCAGCAGCCUUCUCAUCUUCCAGCUUCUGUGAAUCAAUAUCCGCCUCAGCAGAGCUUCCUCCCACCAACUGCAGCAGCAGUGCCACAGCCAACAUCAAUUUCUCGAGUGGCAUCUCAGCCUUUUAUUGCCCCAAAUUCGAUGCCUUCUGGUGGCAACAUUCCGUUGCAGUCAAGUUCAUCAGCUCCGCCAGAAACAAUCAUUUCAGCCAUGCAAGUUAGGCAGACUGAGCCAGUGAAGAAAUUCGAGCCUAAAUCUACAGUUUGGUCUGAUACAUUGACUCGGGGUCUUGUCGAUUUCAACAUUUCUGGAUCAAAAACCAAUCCACAUGCAGAUAUUGGAGUGGACUUUGAUUCAAUGAAUCGGAAGGACAAAAGGUUUGAAAAGAAAAUCUCUCAAGCACCUGUAGUAUCUACGAUCACCAUGGGCAAAGCCAUGGGCUCUGGCUCUGGCAUAGGUCGGGCUGGUGCAAGUGCUGCGGCACCUCCUUCCAACCCAAUGGGUGCCGGCAGGGGUGUUGGUGCUGGUGCUGGUUAUGGUGGUGGAAUGGGAAUGAACCGACCAAUGGGGAUGGGAAUGGGAAUGAACCCACAGAUGGGGAUGGGUAUGAACCAACAACAGCCCAUGGGAAUGGGGAUGGGGAUGAACCAGCAUCCGAUGGGGAUGAACCAACAACCGAUGGGGAUGAACCAACAACAAAUGGGAAUGGGGAUGGGGAUGAACCAACAACCCUUGGGGAUGAACAUGGGCAUGAACCAGGGGAUGGGGAUGAGGCCUCCCAUGGGAAUGGCUCCUGGCGGAAUGCCUGGCGCUGGCUACAAUCAAAUGGGUGCUGGAUAUGGCGGGCAGCAGCCGUAUGGUGGGUACAGGUGAGAUUAUAUGGUGGAUUACACAGCGAUGGUUUGAGGAAACAGUUUAGCAGGCAUUUGUAUUUUGGUCACCUGGGUUUUCCAUAUGUACGAUUUCUUUUGUUUGGGGGGGUAUAAUUUUCAUCACUAUUCUUUCUUCUUUUCUAUCCAUGUUGGAUAAUGUAUCUACUGAAAUGUAUUUUGAUAUGAGAAUGCGGGCAGUGCCACAACUGUCCCGUUGUGUCGGAUACAAAACCCGCAUGAUAUUACAAGCUUGGCUGUAGUUGUAUAAUUCCCAGUAGGCUACUCUUGUCAGUGAACGUAUACUAUUUGUUUCAGCAUUCUUGCUGGAUAGACAAUAAAAGGAUGUACCAUUUUGUUGGAUC